AUGGCGGAAAAGUCAGGUGGUUGCUCUCGUCUGACACUGUUCUUGGUGGUAUUUGUCUGCAUUCUGACUUAUUCUCAAGCAGAUGAAUGUGUGGAUGGUUACUUUGGCUGGAAGUGCAAAUUCCAGUGUCAGUGUGCUAACAAUGAUGUCUGUGACAAAGUGACAGGGGAAUGCCCAAAUGGUUGUGCAACGGACAAGUACGGUACCAACUGUCUGCUAUCAAGCAACUGCAUCUAUGAUCAGUUUGGAAGAAAUUACACUGGCUUCCACAGUUCAGCGGGAGGACGUGUUUGCCUCAGAUGGGACAGUAACUUUGUAAAGCAGAGGGGCUUUCGUCCAGAGCAGUUUCCAGAUGGAAAAUUCCCCAAAAAUUACUGCCGCAAUCCUGGGCGCCACACCUCGCAUGUCCCUUGGUGUUUCACAAGUGAAUCAGCAGAAGUUCCUUGGACAUACUGUACGAUAAAAAGAUGUGACUGUGACGAUUACCGUUUUGGAGAUAGCUGCCUAAGUGAAUGCCAUUGCCACAACCCAGAUGAGGCUUGUCACAAAUCACUGGGCAUCUGUCAGUCAGGCUGUGCACCUGGGUGGACUGGAAUUGACUGUCAACAAGCCUGUAAGGCAGGGUACCAUGGAGUGGAUUGCCGGAACAAGUGUGGCCUUUGUCAUAUGGGUGCCUGUGACAGAGAAACAGGACUCUGUCCAUUUGGGUGUGGACCAGGCAAAACAGGCAAAUACUGUAAUGAGACCUGUCCACGGGGAUUGUUUGGACGAAACUGUGUGGGACUGUGUGGUCACUGCCGGUUCAAAGAACGAUGUGAUUCAAGAACAGGACGAUGCCCAUUUGGCUGUGAGGCAGGCUGGUCAGGAAACUCUUGCAAAGACGGAUGUACUCCUGGUCGUUGGGGGAUAGACUGUGAGAACCUGUGUUUCUACUGUGCUGGUAGAGUAUGUUGUGAUGCCAGGGAUGGAACCUGCCCUGGGGGAUGUAUUCCUGGAUGGUAUGGCAAGCACUGUCAUAAAGAAUGCCAGCCAGGCUACUAUGGGGUGAACUGUAGCAGGACGUGUGGAUAUUGUUUAAAUAAACGCCCUUGUGAUGCAAUAACAGGAAAAUGCUUGGAAGGCUGUGCACAGGGGUAUGAUGGAGAUCUCUGUAUUAUAGGUUUGUCUCGAGGCAGUGCAGAAGCAGCUGCAGCAGGUGGUGUCAUUGCUGCCAUCAUGGUUUUCCUGGUGGUCCUGUUAGUGGUGUUUUUAAUUAUGAAGAGACGAAAGCGACACAGAAAUCAGAUGUACAAUUUACAGGACAUGCAUGAGGUGCACUCUGACCAUAGUAAAGAAACAGACAAUCUAAUUAACAUGAACAGGGAAAAAGAGCACACUGUGAUGGUAGAAGAACCUGGGGAGCCAUCAGGUGACGAUAUGGAAGGGCGUACUGGAGAGCCAAUUUAUGCAAAUGUAAACACCAAGAAACAGAGCAGCCCGGUCUGUGUGGAGGACUUGUACAACUAUAUACAGAAACACAAGGAGAACAACUGGGAAGGCUUUAAGAAGGAGUAUGAGCAACUUCCAGUUGGGUUAUUGGCCAUCUGUGAUCAUGCUAAAAAAGCUGAAAACAAACCUAAAAACAGAUACGGAAACAUUAUUGCAUAUGAUCAUUCGCGAGUAGUUCUGGAGCCCUACCCUGAAGAUGUCAGCUCAGAUUAUGUUAAUGCCAACUAUAUGGAUGGUUACAAGUGUCCUAAAGCAUAUAUAGCUUCACAAGGACCAAAUAAGCCAAUGUUAAAAGACUUCUGGCGAAUGAUAUGGCAGAAGGAAAUUGGGAAGAUUGUGAUGUUAACUAACUUGGUAGAAGCUUGUCGGAAAAAGUGUGAACAGUAUUGGCCAGAAGAAGGAACAGCAAAGUAUGGAGAUUUGGAACUAGAGUUAACCCAGUCAGUGAAAUAUACAGACUUCACAGUCAGAACUUUCCAAUUGAAGAGAGAAGAAGAAGAGCGUGUAAUUAAGCAAUUCCAUUUUAACACUUGGUCAGAUCACGGGGCUCCAACUUAUCCCACCGCCCUGCUAGCUUUCCUACGCAAGGUCAACAAAUACCAAACAAACCUGACAGGCCCUAUUCUUGUCCACUGCAGGACAAUCCGUCAUCAAUUGUUACACCUAGAAGCUUUUGCUGGGAUUGGUCGCAGUGGAACGUACAUGGCAUUAGACUAUCUGCUGCAGCAGGCACACCAUGAGGGCAUUGUGGAUGUGUUGGCUAUUGCUCAACUGAUGCGAACAAAUAGAGUCAACAUGAUCCAAGCUUUGGAGCAAUACGUGUUUGUAUAUGAUGCCUUACUGGAGGCAAUUAAAGCAGGGGAGACAACUUUUGCCUGCUCUGAUUUCCACGAGGUGUACCAGACCUUGUGCACUCUCCCACCUAACAGCAAGACAACUCCACUGGAUGAGCAAUAUGAGGUGCUACAGCUAUUGUCACCAACAAUGGAGAAGGAUGAGUGUACAGCUGCCAUGGCUCCAGAAAACAUUGACAAGAACCGCUUCAAGAACAUUUUACCAGCUAACAGGUGUCGCCCAUACCUUUAUACACCUGUAGAUGGUUGCAAUGACUACAUCAAUGCAAUUUUCCUUCCAGGUUACACACACAGGGAAGCCUUUUUGGUGACACAGAUGCCCCUCCCUUCGACAGUGGCUGACUUUUGGCGCUUGCUGUAUGACUACCAGUCAGAUACCGUGGUCAUGCUCAAUGAGUUCAGCAGGGAUGACAGUUCGUGUGCCCUGUACUGGCCAGAAGAGCAUGGAUACACUGUGGAAUAUGGCCCUCUCAGUGUGGAACUGCUGAGCUCCUCCGAGUCUGACCCUUAUGUCACCAAGAGGGUCUUCAGGCUGGUUCAUUCCACAAAGGGAGAGGAACGUGCUGUUCGGCAGUUCCAGUUUAAUGCCUGGCCCAAGGGACAGAGUGUACCCUCUUCCACUUCAGCUCUACUCCACCUGCUGGAUAUGGUCGAGGAAGGGCAGCCGAAAAACAACAAAAGCCCCAUCACUGUGCACUGCAUGAAUGGAGCAUGUCAGAGUGGUUUGUUCUGUGCAGCCAGUCUUAUAUGUGAGCGUAUAAAAGUAGACGAUGAAGUGAAUGUGUUCCAGACAGUCAAGCAGAUUCGCAUUAACAGGCCGCAAUUUAUUAAUGAUGAGGAGCAAUACCAGUUUUGUUACCAGAUGGCCCUAGAGUAUCUAGACAGUCGACAGUGACCAGACUUUCAAGUGAUCAAGUUUAAACUGGCAUUAUAUUACUUAAUAUUUCAAAACUUACGUAUUAUUAACAUGAUAUCCAGUGAAGGAAAACAAGGGGUGCCGUUUGUAUGCGUUAUUUCAACUCUGCCAGUCUAUUGCUUUAUACAAUAUGCUGUGGUAAUAGAAAUACAAGUCAUUGUGUAGAGUUUUAGGGUCACCUUGUGUCACAAGAUAUUUGUAUUGGUGUGAAUGAGAUGACCUGAUGAUUGAAGUGGAGCAGUAUCUGGAUUUAUUUCAUGUCACAUCGUAGUGUGACAUAUAUAAAGCAUGACCAAUAUUAGAAUGUUUUUGAUAGAGAGAUUUGGGAUGAUAUGUCACAAUUGGCUACAUAUGUAUUAUUUAUAAUAACAGUUCUUUGGUGAUAGAUUCAGGAUUACAUUUAACAUGUGCAUGAUUACAAUCAAGUUGUCAUCAUGUCGCAAAAUAUGUCAUUUUGUAAAAUGUACUGAUUUAUCGGAGGAAAGAGAGUUGGAAUUGACAUCAGAGACCAUUUUGACACACAUACACAUUAUCGUUUUAAACAAAAUUCCCUUGGCAUAGGAAUGUGUUCAUGUUUGUCAGAACAUAUACUCUGUUUACGUUUAAUCAUGAACAUGUGGCAGAAGCGACUCAUCCUUAUGAUACCUUGGAAGGAACUGAACUUAGUGGUACAAGUGAAUUAUAUUGUUAAGAACAUGCAAAAAAUCUAGAUAAUCACAAUGCCAAAGGAAGUAGAAGUUAUAAUUGAUUAUUGCUUAGAAAAGAGAGUGGAUAAAAAAGGAUAUCUUUUAUUCGGUGAUAAACAGGACGUCUACUAUUAAAUAGUCAUAAGUCAGUGUUAAUUGAAGAUCAUUAGACACCAAAAAUCCAUUUGCUAUCAGACAGAAUGUUGUCAAGGUGUGACAAAUGUAUAAUACUUUUAAAAAACAUCAAUGUUCUUGUAAUGAACAGAAUUGAACUUGAUUAUCGAAAUGCAUUAGUGUGCCUGCAUAUAGUGUGUGACUAAUGUCUCUGUUCUCGGCUAUUUUGAAUGUGUACGUACAUGUUUCGGGUAUUGACAUGUUCGUCAUCUUUUUUGAAAAUGAACGAACACAGAUUCAAAGGAUAAUCCAGCAUUGUGCAUUCCAGGAUUACAGUUUCGUUACAUUUACCUGCAACAUUAUUUGCUAUUACUUUUUUGUCCAUUCCAGUCAACGACAAAAAUUUGUGAUUCGUAGAUAUUCUUAUAUAAAUGUAUACGUAAAAACAUUAGAUGUACUAGUUUUAUGUGAAAACUUUCUUUGUGAAAACAGUUGAAAGAUAAGUUUUUUUUCAUUAGAAUUAUGAAUCAAAAGCAUUGAUGUAGUGUAGUUCAUGAAGAUUUGGACAGAAAAUUGACGUUUGUUUGAAGAUUAGGUAAUAUUUUCUUUUGCACAAUUAGGUGCUCAGGUUUGUUUGUGAAUUUAUUAUUGAAAAACAUACUUUGUUUAUUCAAUCUUGAUAGUGAAUCUUUUCUUGGCAGUAACUGGAAGUUCCAAAUAAACUGUCAUUAAAUUACUACUAGAUUUUCAGAAAAUAUACUUCCAGAGUUCGUCUGAUAAAAAUAUUGAUAUUGCAAGUAUUUGUAGGGUAUGUGAUGGUGCUGUUAUUUCCAAAGGUUUACUGUAUGACAAUGUAUUAAGCCAAAGUUUUGCUGACGUUUGAAUUUCUGCAAGCAGAUAAAAUAUGCUCAUAAUGAUUUUGCUGGCAGAUAUAUACAAAUACAUGUAAUCAUGAUAUUAACUAUCCUUUUUUCAUGUUAAGUAUUUCCUUACAAACAAAAAGUUUUAGGCAAUGAUUUCCUUUUGCUGUAUUUGUAUUAAUAAUGGAAAGUUUUUAUAGAAUUUACAUGUACUUUUGCUAUCAUACAUAAUAAGGGUUUGAGCAUUUGAUUUUAUAAGGAUUGUGCAUUUUUUUUUCCUCAAAAGAUCAUGGUGAUGUGGCAUCUAAAAAUUCACUGAUAUAUAUACUUAUUUUACACUGUUUGGCUGUUGAGAGCGUUUUAUUUAGAACCCUUUGGAAUUUGGUGUGCUGAGUGGUGGAGUGGUCUUGGUUAAAGUAACAAGUAAUGUUGAGAGACAGAACUAGACUAUACAUCCAUCAUGGCAAUUAAAUUGUGUCAAAUUGAACUUUCCAUUGGCAACCAGCUGAUGACCAAAUGAUCAUUGGGAAAAUAGAUUUGGUUUUUGGUUGAAUUUUGCUCAGUAGCUGUAAAGAGACCUUGCACUAUCAUUGCUAUGUGUUGUUGACAGUAAGUACACAGUUGAUUAAAUAAAAGUCCACUCUCGGCCCCAUGUUUUACAUAAAUGUUUGUUUCAUUUUAUUAUGUAUUUUUUCUUUUGUUAACCAUUCUUAACCAUACACAUAGUACAUCCUGUGGAGGAUUUCUCUCAAACAUUUGUUCUUUUGGGGAACUUUGAAAAGCCCAUUAUUAUGUUUUGAACUUUACAUCUUACGUACAAACAAUUUAAAUAAAUAAUGAGUAUUUGAUACACUUUUUUUUUUUGGUUUUUUUUCCCCAUCUGUCUGCAUGUUUAUUCUUUUUUCUUUCUCUUGUUUGUUACUACUUGCCUUUGUUUGCUACAUGAAAUGUAUCUUGUUUUAUAAAAAGUACUAUUUAUAUCUUACAACAUAUAUCUAUAUAUAAAUACAUUUACUUCUGUGUGCACCUCCUGUGCAUGAACUGAAAUAUCUUUUGUACACUCAUGUACAGAUGUAUGUAGGGAUACAUAUGUUUGUUUUGAUUUUCUUUUUCCAUGUCUUUACAUUAAAACUUUAUCUAUACACUAUUGUCUUUUUGUCCAAAAAACCUGGUAAUUAUCCAUCCAUAGAAUUGCCGAGGGAGUGGUUGUGACUUUAUCAUCAUGUUAUUUAUAUGUAGACCUGUUUGUGUAAGAAUUGUAUUGAACUUUCAGAGUGCAAGUGUCCUGUUAGUAUGCAGUCAGUUACAUACCCCAUGUUCAGAUUGGUGAGAAAGAGAAUGCUUACUGAAAUUUAGUCUCAAGAAUUUUGAAAAUACCAUGUAGAAUUGGUUCCCUUUUCAAAGAAUGGUAUUUCUGAUUCCUAAAGGAAUCCUACCCAGUGGAAACUGCACUUCAUGGGAAGUGUAAGUUAAUUUUACAUUCCUACAACUUCAUUCCAUUGCUAUAGUAUUAUUAUUCCUUAAAGUGGGGCAUCUAUAUACAUGUGGAAUGUCUUUCUGUUUGAUUCUUGAGUGCAGCAUUUAACACCAAUCGGAUAAAUCUUUUUGGUUUGAACCUUCAUGUAUAUUCCUGUCUCGUAGAGCAUCCACAGUAACGAUCCUCCCCAGUUCAGAAAAUAAUACCUGUCUGCCUGGCUUUUGUUACAUAUAGUACUUGUAUCAUUGUUUUUUAUCAUUAUCGUCAUUUUUAUCUAUUUUAAAUGUUUCUUUUUGGUAAUCGCUUUAACAUAUACCUUUAUUAUCACCCUGUAAAAUGCCUCAACAGUCAGUGAAUAGGUAGGUCAUUUUCAUUGGAUUUAUAUUUGUGGGUCUUUGUAGCACUGGAUUCACACUCUUAUUGUAAUACUGCAUUCUUUUCUUUCUGUCUUAAAAAUGUUCCAGUACUAAAAGUGACAUCCCUCUAAACAUAGGAAACUUUUUUAACGUUGAUUUCUAUGUGUCCAUAUCCUUGACAUACGCAUUUGUCAUUUUGUCACUAUACUGGUAGUGUUAAUUCAUCAUGAUAAGCAAUAUCUUUCAGUGCUGCUAACAGGAACCAUUCAAUUUGUUUUCAUGCUUCAUGAGCUAGUUAAAUACAUUCUGUGUAGCCUUUUUGUUAUUAACCUUUGAGAUGUAUAAUUUUGUAGGCAUUAAACUUUCACAAUUGUCAUUUACGUUUUUGUUUGACAUGGGGGCAUAUGUAGAUGUAACAUUAAAUAAAAAUUCUGUUGGAGAUUAUGUGUACAAUGACACCUUUCAAGUUGUUACGAUGUUCUCUCUUGUUUCAGUCCAUAUUCGUUAGGUUAAUAUAUGUGUGAAAAGUAACAAACUAAAGACAUCUUUGGCAAUAAUUUGUGAUAAAGUAGUACCCUAUUGGUCGAUCAAACGUGUUGUCAAAACCAUGUGUUGUUGUUGUGUUGAAAUCAGGAAGUUCUUGUGUACUGGGGUAGAUUAAGUCUAGAGUGUUUCCAGAUGUGAAGGGUUCAUUAAUGUGCCUACUGAUGGAAUACCAUUUAUAUAGUAACAUCCUUAUAAU